CAAGGGCAAUGAGCAGAUAGUGCGCAAUGGCUUCCGCAUAGCAGAAGCAAGAAAGCUCGAUCGCAUCGUUGAAGCGCAAGGGAGAAAACCCGCCUGAUCCACUCCGCGGCGCUCGUCGCCUCAGCUAUGGCUCAAUACGAACAUCUCCUGCUGGCAUCCUGCCAUGCUUCACUCCAACUGCUGUCCUCUGAUCCAUCGACGAUUGCAACGUCUCAAGCCCGCUGCAAAUCAAUCUGGAUGCAAGACGCGUUCGCUUCCUCUACGCCAGUCGAAAUGCUCGCAGAAAAGGUUUGCGUGAGAGCAAAGCGAAGUCAACCUUCAGUCCGGUCACGAAGUUCGCGAGCAUGGGCCUAUUGCUCCGGAGCGUACCUGAGAUCGCGCGGGGAAGGCAUAGGCAGGAGAGGUCCUCUCGUAUCUUCUGUAUCUCAUUUCGCCCCCCACAUCACCUCACAUCAGAUCCUCGGCACCAUGCACUCCCCUCCUCCACCCCGUCGACAAGACACCACGGUAUCAUGUCCAACCUACAAAUUCACGCCCGCUCCGGAAGUCGAAGUAGGCGAGCCACUCUAUCCGCCUCUGCCCACGCAAGACCAACCACUCUAUCCACCUCUUCCCACGCCAGACCAGCCACUCUAUCCGUCUCUUCCCACGCAAGACCAGCCGUGCUCAACCGUACACCCCAAUCUUCGUCUCAAUAUGGAUCUCUCUCGACGAAAGCCUGUCCCGCCGGUGUACAGCCGACCUGACACGACUGUCACCUCUCGCUAUGAACGCAUCACACCCGAGUCUAUGACCCCUCCUCCAUGGAUGGUCUUCGAGACUUACUCUGACGCUAUCGAGCCAGAGCACCAUGUCGCGAUCGAGGGAAGCUCCCCACUCGAGCGCUUUCCGUCGGUUGUUUACUACCCUUUUCAAGCUCGAGGACUGCCCAUUCCAGCUUCAAUGGCCGACAUCGAAGCCCAUACUCGAGACCACGAUCAUAUUCACGACGAAUAUCAGGAUGAAGAUAGUAUCUCGGCCGAUGACGGUAUCGAUCUCGGCUUGAAAUUCGACUCCAAGCUCUUCGACUCUCUUCAGGACACACUCCGUUUGCCCCUCUCGAGUGCUCGCGCUAGCAGCGCUAGUCCCCCUCCGCGACCCAUCAUCCUGCUCAACAAGAGUGUGGAAGCCGAGCUCAAGAAUGCUGUCAGGGCUAUUCUAGCUCCUGAGAAGCGAGAAGAGCAGCGCUAGCAGGCGGUAGCACCAGCGACUGCACCCCACCAUUUGACAGAGGU